UUUUGUUUCUAGAAUGAAACUGAAGGGGUGAGGUGGGAUAGUGUGUCCGGUGGCCUCGAGUCCUUGGAACAGCUGUCGUCAUGGGGAGCGUCUACGCAGAACCUUGGAGAACUGACUGAGGAGGCGAUGACGGAGGUUUACAACAAGUACUCCUUCCAAAGAAAAGAAGAUACUAACAACUUGGCGAUCAAUGAAUAUAAACAAGAGAUCCUGGACCGCAUUCGUGGCUUUCCUGUAGUCAUCAUAGAGGGGCCGACCGGUUGUGGUAAAACAACUCAAGUGCCUCAAUGGAUCCUGGACGACAGUUACCAAAAUCGCAAACCAUGCAAGGUCAUUGUGACUCAACCGAGGCGUAUUGCAGCGAUAUCCAUCGCGAAAAGAGUUGCACAAGAACGUGGUUGGGAUGUGGGAGGACUAGUUGGUUAUCAGGUUGGACUUGAAAACAGGACUUCAACAGAUACGCGAAUCCAUUAUGUGACCACUGGAGUUCUCUUGCAAAAAUUGGUUUCUGCGAAAACAAUGAAUGAAUACACCCACAUAAUCUUGGACGAAGUGCAUGAACGCGGACAAGAAAUGGACUUCUUGCUGCUUAUAGUGAAAAAACUACUUUACACAGUCUCUCCAACAGUCAAGAUUGUGCUCAUGUCUGCCACAUUCAACCGCAAAGCGUUUGGUGACUAUUUCCUUAUACCAACACCAAAAGGAUUGCAGAUGUCCUCAUGCAUUAAAGUGACAAAGAAAGAACCCAUGUUCACUGUGAAAACGUUUUAUUUGAACCACCUGAACAAAUUUGGAGCGAUUGUCCAGAAUUCAACACCCAAAACCCAGGAGGCUACCAUCGCUCCAGAGAUGUAUCACCUCGUCAUCAGGUUGAUACACGCCUUUGAGCAUAUUGACUUGCAAGAAGAGAACUAUGAAGAUCAUAACCAGGUGGAAUUGUCCUCGGUGCUCAUCUUUUUGCCUGGUAUCAAUGAGAUUGAGGACUUGUACAACUGCUUGAUGGACAACAAAUUGAGGGAGAAUAUAUCCGGCGCCGAGUGUGCUCGGUACAAGUGGCAGGUGCUGCCACUUCACUCCACCAUCACGGCCGACGAGCAGGCGCGCGUGUUCCUACGAGCGCCGCCCGGCACGCGCAAGAUUAUUCUCUCCACCAACAUCGCUGAGAGCUCCAUCACCGUGCCCGAUAUUAAGUACGUGAUCGACUUCUGCCUGAUGAAGAUCCUAGUGGCAGACGAGCACACGAACUUCACGUCGCUGCAGAUGCACUGGGCCUCCAAGACCAACUGCGAGCAGCGCGCCGGCCGCGCGGGACGAGUGCGCGACGGCCGCGUCUACAGGCUUGUUAAGGAGAAGUUAUAUGAAAACCUGCCCCAAGAGUGCGCCCCAGAAAUAGUCCGCUGUCCGCUGGAGCGUCUGGUCCUGCUUGCCAAGAUGUUGGACAUGGGCCCUCCGAGCGAUAUCCUGGCGCUGGCUAUGGACCCGCCCGAUAUGUUGAAUAUUCACCGCACUGUGCUUGUGCUGAAAGAAAUUGGCGCCUUGAAGAAGACAUUCAACGGCGAAUGGAGCUCCUCCGACGGCGACAUAACGUACCUGGGCCGCGUCAUGGCCAUGCUGCCCAUCGACGUCAAGCUGUCCAAGCUCAUCAUGCUGGGCUACAUGUUCGGCUGCAUGGAGGAGAGCAUCAUCAUGGCCGCGGCCAUGAGCGUGAAGAACUUGUUUAACAGUCCGUUCCGCGAGCGGCUCAAUGCGUACAACUCCAAGCUCACGUGGGCUGACGGAUCCACCAGCGACUGCAUCGCUUUCCUGAACGUCUACAAGGUGUGGAACCACCUACGCCAGCAGCAGUACUUCCGUCAGCAAGGCAACAACGAGGCGCAGUGGGCGCGCCGCUUCUACGUGCAAUUACGCGCGUUGCGAGACCUAGACGACCUCGUGCGCGAACUCCGUCUGCGCCUGUCCCGCGCCGGCAUCGAGCCCUUCAAGGGACACUCGCCCUGGGACAAGCACGAGCUGCCCGUGGUGCUCAAGGUACUUCUGGCGGGCGCGUUUUACCCGCAGUACUUCGUGCAGGUGUCGCAGGACGAGGCGCGCGAGCGCGAGGCCGUGCGCAUUCUCAACGGGCUCGAUCCCAGGAACACGGUUUACCUUCGGGACUUCCCCGACCAGCAGCCGGGCCCGGUGUACGCGGCAGCCAUCAAGAACAUCGUGCGCAAACACAUCGGCGACGAGCCGCGCGUCACCUUCGACAAGAACAGCAGGAAAGUAUUUUUGACUUUCUGCGACAACCAAUACGCGAAACGUGACAAGAAUAACAGCGGUGACCCCACAAUCCCUGGCCAAGUGGUGUUGCCAGUGUACAAAGCGAUCAAAGCACGCCAGCUGAGAAUGGACAUCAGGAUUCCAUUGCUGCCGUUGGAGAAAGCCAAUGCGCUUGCGGCGAUGCUUGAGGCUAGUAACAGCAACCCUGACAUGGUCAAGAUGGUGCCGCGACUGCCAGAAGUUGACGACACGCAUUUUCCAUUGAAGAUCACUUAUAAAUUCAGCAUCAGCAGAUUCUUCGUUCAAUACGACGACGACUCCACAGCGGCCGAGUUGCGUGAGAUCCACAACUCCCUGAACGGGCCCCACUUGUUGGUGUACACGGGGCCCGUACAAGUGGGGGACGUGUACGCGGGGCCCCGUUCCGACAACAAGGGGACUUCCUACUGCCGCGUGCAAGUCAAGAAAGUGCUGCCGAGGGACAUGGUCGAGGUGCUGUACAUCGACUUCGGCGGCUACGGUCGGCUGAACACGUGCAACCUGAUGAUGCUGCCCGCGGGCGUGUGCCAGCGCACGCCGCCGCUGGCCAUGCAGUGCGCGCUGUGCGAGCUGGGGCCCGCGCCGCUGCUGGAGCCGCACGCGCAGUGGACGCGCGCCGCCGACGCCUGCUUCGCCGAGCUCACCGCGCGCACCCGCCUGCUGGCCAAGGUGUACAGCGUGACGCACGGCACGGUAGCCAUCGAACUGCUGGCAGACGGCGGGCGCGUGAACGUCAAUCGCGAGCUAGUAUCGCGCGGCUACGCGGUUCCCGUCGAAGAAAGUUACGACUCCAAGAUGAACCACGACCUCCGUCAGAUGGCGUCAGAUUUAAACAUGGCUCAGAAGCGGGCGUAUAACAAAGAGCAGUCCCAAAUAUACAAGGACCUUCGUGAACUGGAGCCGCCAAAUAGCAAGGACUGCGUGGCCGACGUUUGCCUCAAAGGGCCUACCAGCCCGUUGGAGACGACGAUUCACAACUUGAUGUACGCAAGCCGCGACCAGCAGGUCACCAUCGAGUGGCACUCCGUCAACUCGGUGAUGCUCGACACCGAGCCACAAGAAGUUUACGAAAGAUUGGUGGUGGCAGCUGACGUGGGUCAGAACCAGGCGCAGAGCAAGCUGACGCUGCGGCACACCACGCUCAUGCCCAACAUCCCCGGUCUGCCCGGCAUCAUGGCGCUGCUGUUCUGCCCCGUUGCGGAGCUUCGUCGCGACCCGGACGGCACGCGUUACGUCAGCGCGCUGUGCGGGCUGGGCAGCAACGCCGACGCGCGGCCCUACUUCCCCGAGCACGACUUGCUCGUCAACAUCGACGCAGACCUCUCCGUCGAGGACAUCGGACACAUCAACCACAUCCGCCACCUGAUGGACUACAUGAUGUACUGCGAGGACGGGCAGGUCGCGCCGCCGGCCGACUGCGAGCACCGCCCGCAGGUGCCAGGACACAUCCGCAGGAACCUCAUGAACCUGCUGAUGGUGCGUCGCAAGCACCGCGAGCCGGUGUCGGUGGUGAACGCGUGGGAGUGGCGUUCUGUGCCCGACGACGAGCUACUGGAGAUUACGGACCCCGACAUGGUGAAGCGUACCGUCAUGUACCCGCUGCACGCGCCGCUGGAGCUUCGUCCAAUGCCACGUGAACAAAUGCUUGAGCUCAAACGGGAGAACGAUCAACUCAAAAUGCAAGUCAGCAGGACGUCGAUCUCUUCGCAUACGGAGCUGGUGUGCAAGCUGUGCGGAACAGGCCCGCUACCGGUACACGCUAUGAGGAUCCACCUUUAUUCCAAUGCGCAUCGCGGGAAGGAGGAAGAUUUCCGCGCCUUCCAGUCUUAAGUUACGUAACUUUGUCACUUUGUCUAGGACUUACGCGCCUACCAGUUUUAAGUUACGUUACCUUGUCACUUUGUCUAAGACUUACGCGCCUACCAGUUUUAAAUUACGUUACCUUGUCACUUUGUCUAGGACUUACGCGCCUACCAGUUUUAAGUUACGUAACCUUGUCACUUUGUCUAGGACUUACGCGCCUACCAGUUUUAAGUUACAUUACCUUGUCACUUUGUCUAGGACUUUCGCGCCUACAGGUCUUAAGCUACGUUAUACUGUCACUUUAUUUAGGACUUCCGCGACUGCCAGUUUUAAGUUAAUUAUACUCGCUUGAUUUAGAUUUAAACAAACUUUAGUAUUACACUGAGACUAUGAGUAUUGCCAACUGAGCCCGUAAACUUAAGUUCAUACAGUUAUUUUUCAGACUUUAAAAAUGUAAGUAAGUACUUAACAGUACUUUACAUCCAACUUGACAACUUUAUUUAAAAAUCGUUGAUUUGUGCAUUUAACUACAUAUUUCCUUUAAGUACAAUAGUUAAUUUUGUGCUGUUUUUUCAAUCACUUGAUAACUUUAUUUCCUAAAUAAGUUUAACAUAUUGACAGCUUCUUCUUUUCCUUUAGGGAAAUGUAUAAAAUUGUUAAUUUAAUUCUUGAUACGAGGAUAAACGUUAUCCGACUUUGGAAUAGCAGCCCCAGUAUAAGUAUAAAUGUAGAAGCUGACAAAAGCGAUCUCAAUUUUGAAAUAUUUGAUUACAAAAAUCACAUAGUGCGUUUUUUAGUUUCCUGAAGUUUAUAGGUUAGAUUGGUGUUAUUAAAAUAAGUAAGAUAUUUGAUGUACUUUACGCAACGGCGUAUUUGGAAUUUUCUCUGUGUGCCAUUCCAUUUCUAGUGAUGAUAUUAAGCCAAGUUUCGUAGUACUACUUUUCACAUCGACGAAUUGAUUAAACUAAUUGUUUAUUGUUUAUUAUACUUUGUCGUUAUUUUUUUUACUUUGCUAGGGUAAUAAACCCUAAGUAGUUGAUAAAUAUUUAGGUGCUUUCUCUGUAUUUUUUUUCUAUAGAUCUAUAGAUAUUAAAAUCUGUAAGACUGUUGAUUAAUGUUAAGUUGUUUAACAUUUCGCAUUCAUAG